CGUCCCGCCCCCGGCCACCACUCGCCACCCUCCUCGCCUGACGUCAGAGGGUUGGGGGCGGAGAGCAGCGGCAGCAGCGGAGAAAGAGCCGGCGCCCGGCGCGGUGGAGCACGGACCCCGAGCUCUGGGGCGCCGAGAGCGGUGCUGGGGCAGAGGGGUGGUGGCGCCGGAGCCUAGGCGUGCUGGCGGGCGCACGCGGGCUGGAGCGGGGCGGGUGUGGAGGAGGACCGUGGCCGGAGCCGAACGCGAGGGCGGCGCCCAGGGAUUGGAGCUGCACGACAGAGCAGGACUGCUGGACUGAAGUUUAGAGCCGGGGUGUUUGCCAUGGCCCCGCACUGGGCUGUCUGGCUGACGGCAGCAGGGCUUUGGGGUCUGGGCAUUGGGGCUGAGGUGUGGUGGAACCUGGUGCCCCGGAAGACAGUAUCUUCUGGGGAGCUGGCCACAGUAAUGAGGCGCUUCUCCCUGCCGGGCGUCCAGGACUUCCUGACCUUGACCCUGAGAGAGCACUCUGGGCUCUUAUAUGUGGGGGCCCGAGAGGCGCUGUUUUCCUUCAGCAUAGAGGCUCUGGACCUUCGCGGAGUGAUCUCCUGGAGGGCCCCAACUGAGAAGAAGGUGGAGUGUACCCGGAAAGGGAAGAGCAACCAGACCGAAUGCUUCAACUUCAUCUGCUUCCUCCAACCAUACAACACCUCCCACCUGUAUGUCUGCGGUACCUACGCCUUCCAGCCCAAGUGCACCUACAUCAACAAGUUCAAUUUCAAAUUGAAGCGUGAAGAACUUGAGGAUGGGAAGGGUAAAUGUCCCUAUGACCCAGCUAAGGGCCACACUGGACUCCUCGUGGACGGGGAGAUGUUCUCAGCCACACUCAACAACUUCCUGGGCACAGAGCCUAUUAUCCUGCGGAACAUGGGCCCCCACCACCCGGUCAAAACAGAGUACCUGGCGUUUUGGCUGAAUGAACCCCACUUCGUAGGCUCCGCCUAUGUCCCCGAGAGCGUGGGGAGCUUCACGGGGGACGAUGACAAGGUCUACUUCUUCUUCAGUGAGCGGGCAGUGGAGUAUGACUGCUAUGCUGAGCAGGUGGUAGCUCGUGUGGCUCGAGUCUGUAAGGGCGACAUGGGGGGCGCGCGGACCCUGCAGAAGAAGUGGACAACUUUCCUAAAAGCACAGUUGGUGUGCGCGGCCCCUGACUGGAAUGUCUACUUCAACCAGCUUCGGUCAGUGCACACCCUGCCGGGCACCUCUUGGCACAACACCACCUUCUUUGGAGUUUUUCAGGCGCGGUGGGGUGACAUGGACCUGUCGGCAGUGUGCGAGUACCAGUUGGAACAGAUCCAGCAGGUGUUCGAGGGCCCCUACAAAGAAUACAGCGAGCAAGCCCAGAAGUGGGCCCGCUAUACUGACCCGGUGCCCAGCCCCCGGCCUGGCUCGUGCAUCAACAAUCAGCACCGCCACAACGGCUACACCAGUUCCCUGGAGCUGCCUGACAACACGCUCAACUUCAUCAAGAAGCACCCCCUGAUGGAGGACCAGGUACGGCCUCGGUGGGGCCGCCCCCUGCUGGUGAAGAAGGACACCAACUUCACACACAUGGCGGCCGACAGGGUCACUGGACUGGAUGGUGCCACCUAUACAGUGCUGUUCAUCGGCACAGACGAUGGCUGGCUGCUGAAGGCUGUGACCCUGGGGCCCUGGAUCCACGUGAUAGAGGAAGUGCAGGUGUUCGACCAGGAGCCAGUGGGGAGUCUGGUGCUGUCUCAGAGCGAGAAGUUGCUCUUUGCUGGCUCUCACUCACAGCUGGUUCAGCUGCCCCUGGCUGACUGUACAAAGUACCACUUCUGUGCAGACUGUGUCCUUGCCCGGGACCCCUACUGUGCCUGGAAUGUCAACACCAGCCGCUGUGUGGCCACCACCAGUGAUCACCCGGGGUCCCUUCUGGUCCAACAAGUGACAAACUUGGACACCUCAAAGAUGUGUAACCAGUAUGGCAUUAAGAAAGUCAGACCUGUCUCCAAGAACAUCACAAUAGUGGCGGGCACAGACCUGGUCCUGCCUUGCCACCUGUCAUCCAAUUUGGCCCGUGCUCGCUGGACCUUCAAAAGCCAGGACCUGCCUGAAGGACAACCUGGCUCCUUCCUUUAUGACCCAGGACUCCAGGUGCUGGUAGUGAUGGCUGCCCAGCCCCGACACACUGGCCCCUAUCGCUGCUACUUGGAGGAACAGGGGACCAGGCUGCCUGCAGAAAGCUACCGUGUUACUGUCGUGGCCGGCCCGUCUGUGACGCUGGAGGCCCGGGCUCCCUUGGAAAACCUGGGGCUGGUAUGGCUAGCUGUGGUGGCUCUGGGGGCCGUGUGCCUGGUGUUGCUGCUGCUGGUGUUGUCUCUUCGUCGGCGACUUCGGGAAGAGCUAGAGAAAGGUGCCAAGGCGGCCGAGAGGACAUUGGUGUACCCCCUAGAACUGCCCAAGGAACCAACCAGUCCCCCCUUCCGUCCUGGCCCAGAAACAGACGAGAAACUGUGGGAUCCCGUUGGCUACUACUAUUCAGAUGGCUCUCUCAAGAUUGUGCCUGGUCACGCCCGGUGCCAGCCCGGGGGUGGACCCCCCUCCCCGCCUCCUGGUAUACCUGGCCAGCCCCUGCCUUCUCCAACUCGGCUUCACCUAGGGGGGGGUCGGAACUCAAACGCUAAUGGUUAUGUGCGCUUACAGCUGGGAGGGGAGGACCGAGAAGGACUCGGGCACCCACUGCCGGAGCUUGCUGACGAACUGCGCCGCAAACUGCAACAGCGCCAGCCACUGCCUGACUCUAACCCAGAGGAGUCCUCAGUAUGAGGGGCCCCACCCACCUCAUGGGUGGGGGCCCCUGGGAGGCACACUCUUUUGCACAGGCACCAGCUACCUCAGGGACACGGCGGGGCCACUUGCUCUGCCUGGGACAGACACUGCCCGGCAUUUGCCCUGCCUCGAGGACCUGCUCAGCGUGGGGACUGCCACUGGGUGUGGCUCACCAGGACAUCAGCCUCACAGGAGGCACGCCUUCCUCUGUGAGCUUCAGGCACGUGGGACCCAGCAGCCAAAACUUUGCAAGGCAGAAGUUUCAAGAUGUGGGUAUUUGUGCAUACAUGUGUUGGUGCGUGCGUGUAUGUGUGUAUGGAGGCGUGUUUGU